AUUAUUUUCGGCUGAAAGAGAUUUCCACAGUUUUGGUUUAGAAGACUGAUUCAUGUAAAGUGGCGUGCCAAACAGUAACAGCUGAAAUUUAAAUUUACUUAAAAAUAAAUAUUUAAUCAAGCUAUGAAUGGACAUGCUGGUAUUGAUACUAUUGAAGCAACAGAGCAUUUAAAAAAUAUAUUGAAUGUAGGCAAAAGUGAAACGGAAUCUGUCAAGUUGAAAUCCGUUUCUAAUGGUAGGAUGGAAGCGACAGGGGAUUCAAGUUUAGUUUUGAAUGAUAGACCAUAUCAGAAAGUAGAGCUUCAUGCAAAUAAAGAUAGUUCUCACAUAUCAAUUUAUGGAACUGAAGUGGAUAUUUAUUCUAGUCCUAUAGAAUAUGGUGCAUCAUGUAGCCAGGUGAUUGUGGAAGACAUGGUUGAUUAUGGAUGGAAAGAAAAGUAUUAUCAUGGAAGAAUUAUAAGCAUUCAUAUUAGUGGGAAAUAUUUGGCCUACGUUUUAAAACCUUCAAAUAAUAAGCCUGGUCUUGUGCGUGUGCUGAGAAUUCACUUAGAAACGAGAUGUCUCAUUAAAGACUAUAAGAAUGAAGUUAAAGACAUUGCUUUUGCUCAUACUACUUCUCAAGUGCUUUUAGGAUCUGUUGAUGCUUGUGGAGAACUUCUAGUUCAUAAAAUAGUGGAUGAUGGCACUAUUCUUGUAUGUAAUUUGUUGAUCAGAAUUACACGGCCAAGUGACUGGAUUUUCAGUGAUCACAAUAGAAUUAUUUGGUGCAUGUUUAUUCCUGAUGAUAAUGAUAAUGAUGAAGAUGCAAAUGUAGAAGAUCUUUCUACAUUAUUGGUAGUUACUCACAAUGAAAAGGCUGAGAUUUGGAACAUUCAAACUGUGAUAAAUGAUCAUGGCCAUGGAGAUUUGACAGUUGAUGAAGUAAAAGUUGGUGUUCAAGUUAUUUUAGAGCAUAAGCAGCCAAUCACAGCUGCAACAUUUUCACCAGAUGCUACUGCUUUAGCAAUUGGAAGUUUAGAAGGGAUUGUUAAGUUUUUCCAAGUGAAUACUUUAGAUAAGGAUGUAUCACCCAGAUGUUUACAUCAGUGGACACCACAUCCUGAAAAAUCUCUUUCAUCCCUGUACUUUUUGGAUAAUCACAAAAAUCAUAGACCAGAUAUGCAGUUUUGGAAAUAUGCUGUUACUGGUGCUGAAAAUAACACAGAACUUAAAAUUUGGAGCUGUGAAACUUGGGCAUGUUUACAAACAAUUAGGCUUCAUCCCAACUCUGGAGACUGUGUAGAGCCAUGUUUGAAAGCAGAGAUAGAUCUUUCUUCAAAAUAUUUGUUUUUAUCAGAUAUCAAAAGAAAGGUGCUUUAUAUCCUGUUAAUUCAACAAGAUGCAUUACCCAGCAAUGCUUCAAUUGUAUCUUUCUCUGAAUUUAAAGUUCCAUUGCCAGUUCUCAGUCUGUCAAUAGCUAGUGUUAACUAUAGGAAGUCUCAAUCCAUUGUUGGAGGAAAAGGAUCCGACGAUGAAGGGGAGGUGGAUAAUAUUGAAGAAGUGUUGAAUGAUGUAGAUGAAAUUCAUGGACAGUAUGUAGUAAAACUAUUUUGGAUACAAACAAAGUCUUUGCAGUCUUGUCGAAUAUCAUAUACACCCAAAAUGGAAUCUCCCUUGCUCUCAGUUGGCUCUAUUGGAUCUCUAUCACAAGAAUCCUAUGUAUACAAGGAUGGAUUAUCAGAUGUUAGUUUGGAUGCUAGAGAUGCGUCUAACAGGAGUGUAAAGGAUUUGGAUGUGUCGUUGCAAAAAGGGAUGUGUGUGGAUGAACUCUCUUCUCCUUCUCCAUCGAAUUCGGCAAACUUGUCCGCCUUGCCAUCUCAUAUGACUAACUUUUCGAAUUGCACAGAAGUUCUAUUAACUCCUGAUGAUUUUACAUCUCCUUCUCAUUCAAAUCUAACUGUCCAGAACUAUCAAGAUGCUGCCAACUCUGCUUCUAAGUGUGACUCUUCCUCGAAUCUGACUGAUGGAAUAGAUUCAUUGCCGGUAGAACCAAACACCUUGCAAAGGAGAAAAUCAUCUCAACAUAGUGCCACGAGCUCACCAAGCCGUGAAGUUGCUGAAAUUUUGGCACCUUCAAAAGUGCUGCAUCUUGAUGGAAUGGGAAAUGAAAAUGAAAAUGAAAGCUUAACUGCUAAAGAUGAGGCAGGAAAUCUUACCAAUAGUUUGAAUUCAUAUGGAAUUUCUAGUGGGUCUAGAAAUAAAUUGGACAUCAAGUCAGAGUACCACGUGAAUAAUUGGCCUCAAGCCCCCAUUGCCAGUCAAGAAUAUUUAACUGCUUCUCGAAAUGAAAGUGAAUCAACAAGCAAUCAAAUCUUCCAUUCUUCCAAUGGUGAAUCAAGUGCUGUGACAUUUGAAACAAAUGCUAACAGAGCUUUACUUCAGAUGAACCAAAACUUUCAUACUAUGGCACAAAAGAUGGAUACUCUAACAAGUGUUCUUAGAGACCAAAGAUGUGAAAUACAGAGCUUACAGAAUGAAAUCAAACUUCUUCGGCAGGAACAGAAGCAUAGCCAAACAGCUGUUAGCUUUUCAAAUAAAUUGGAUCAAAUCAUAUCACAACAACUGGUUCCAGAUUAUUCUAGACUUGAAACUGUCAUAGUAAGAACUGCAGAAGAAAGUAGACAACAUUCAGAAAAAAAUAUUGCAAUAAUGACUGAUGAAAUUGCUAGCAAUUUUGGAAAUCGUCUUGAAAAUACCCUUAAAUAUGAAUUAUCUACUACUGUUAUACCACAAGUUAAUAACGUUCUCGAUACCGUAGGCCAAAAAAUGCAAUUAGAUUUCUCUCAGAAGUUAGCUCUUACUGAUGCAAGUCUCAAAGAAUGUGUUUCAAAGCAUUUGAAAGGAAAGGUGUUUUUAGAUUCAUUGUCACAAAGUGUAGCUGCUUCUAUCCAUAGUCAAAUACAAUCUACUUGUAAAGAUGUCUUCCUGUCCAAUGUCAUUCCUGCUUUUGAGAAAGCUUGCCAACAUCUAUUCCAGCAAUUGAAUGAUACUUUUAGCACAGGAAUCCAAGAAUACAUGCAAUCCAUUGAAAGUCAUAGUCAAUCAUCUUGCUCUACUGUUGAAACUGGUACUGCUCAGUUACGGGAAGAAGUCAACAGUCUAAUAUCUAGUGCUCAGAAAACUAUUAAUUCUCAAGUUUCUUUGAUUGAAAAGCAUAAUGGGGAGUUGAAAAAACAUCAAGAUGCACUGUUAUCUGGAAUCCGCCAAUCCAUUCGUGAAGAAGUUGUUAAAGCAUUUAAAGAGCAAACCACUUCUGUUCUCAAUUCUCGUGCAGUAACACCAGUUCCUCAGACAGACUUUUUUACUCAAAAGCAAAGAAUGUUGCAGCUCAUACAACAAGGCAAUAUCAAUGAAGCAUUUCAGCAAGCACUUUCAGCUAUGGAUGUUCAAAUUGUGAUCUUUCUAUGUGAAUCCGUUAAUCCUGAUCAAGUGUUUGGAUCUACUCCUUGUCCUUUACAACAACAUGUUCUUCUCUCAUUAGUUAAUCAACUGUCUGCUGAUUUAUCAGUGAAAACUGAUAUCAAAGUCAGAUACAUUGAAGAUGUCAUAGCCACAUUGGAUAGUAACAACCCCAUCAUACGCGAUCACAUCAACGGUGUUCUCGAAAAUUUGCAGCAGAGAAUUUCGAAUUUCAUUCAGAGAAACCCGACCCACAAACUGUCUCGCAAUCUGAAGCGGUUGAACCUUGCUGUUGGUUCGCUCAUCAAUACUUGAUGAAGCGUAAUAAAUACAUUGUUUGUGCUGUCAAUGAUUGUUCUUUUAUGUAGAGGUUAAAUAUGGUAUUGCACAUUGUUUAAUCACUGGAAAGAUGUUUCAUUGAAGAAAAUUUAUCUAUAUGUAGAACUUCUUUUUCAUCACAUUCAUAAUGUGUAUGUCUAACAGAUUUGUGUUUACCUUUUUACAUCUGUUGUAAAAGUUGAGUGAAAUAAAAAUAUUUUUACUUAUUAA